GGAAGGUCUAAAGUUUGUGUUCGUGGCAGAUGAUGCAUUUGGUUUAGGAGACCAUCUCCUCAAACCCUUCCCACAGCGCAACCUGACCCCUGACCAAAGGAUCUAUAAUUACAGGUUGUCAAGAGCACGUAGAGUGGUGGAAAACGCUUUUGGAAUAUUGGCCAACCGUUUCCGUAUAUUCCAGACGACCAUUAAUCUAUCUUUAAAGAAAAUUGACCAAAUUGUGCUAUGUUGUUGUGUACUACAUAACUUCCUGCGGCGACAUGCACAGGGAUACGUUCAUGCGGAUCAGCAAAAUGAUCGCGGGACAAUAUCAUCAGUCCAAGUUGUGCGAGAUAGCAGCAAUGCCAGACCGACACAAUUGACACCACUGGCUCUGCCACAUUCUAGGCUGCCAUCCCAAAGUGCCCGUCAAUGCCGCCUGGACUACAUGAAUUAUUUUAUAGGUCAGGGGGCAGUGUCAUGGCAGUAUGACAUGUGACAUGUUUUAAUACAGGACAAAUCCACUGUUCACACUCCAUCUCUUUAAAAGGACUGUUUGUCAAGUUUAAUGCUUAUAUGUGUUCUUUUGCUCUUGGAUGACAUUGCCAUGUCAAUAAAAAAAAAACCUGAGUAUUUGUUUGUAUGUUACAUAUUAUUGACAUCUUUGCUAUCAACAUCUUUGCUCAUUAGUUCCACGUCAUAUUGGGCACCCAGUGCCACCAAAGUGAAAUCAUCAUGUGCCAACUUCAAAUCCCAACAAGUGCCACCUAUCAGUGCCCACUGUGGACACCUAGCAAUGGUCACUAGUUUCACAUGUAACUGCUCUAAUCAUGCAUUUCCGCGCCCACCUUUAAAUAGACUUUAGUAUCAUAUUUUAAUUGCCCAUCUGUGACCACUUUUCUAUGGGCACAUUGUGAGUUCUUCACCUCCAAAAAAUACCCACACCAAAAAAUGCAUCAAAAGCUCCUGAUAAUCGUACACACCUCAUUCCAGGGAAAUUAUUUCAUAAUGAAAUAUUUCACGGUUCACACUGUGCCUUUUCCUAAUUUGGAGUAAUAAACACAUCAUGUGGUGGGAACUAACUGUUUAAAACACAAAAAAAAGGAUCAAGUUCAUGACAUGAUUCUGCUUUUUAUUAGGUACCCACCAAACCCGUUGUGAAAUCAAUGACAAAGUUAAACUAGAUAAAUUGUACAGCCAUGCCAACAGUUGACCAAAACCAUUAAUAGCAGACUAUACAACAGACAUUCCGUGCGCGCAGCCUACGAAGAUACGUUGUCUACGCACUACGUUCGCAUCGUAGUGACGUCAUAAUAAACGGACGGCAGACGUACGCUCGUGUGGUGAAUGAUAACCGGGCGCGGCAACAGCGAACGCUCCCGGAAAGAACGCUGCUACGAAUUGUAGUGCAGCACGAACUGAGGAAUCAUGCCGGACAAGUUCACCUCCCCUGAUUUUUUAUCCCAGUUCAUUGAAAUGUACAGGCAGCUGCCCUGUUUAUGGCAAGUAAAAUCUAAAGAUUAUUCCAACCGUGAUAAAAAACAUGAAGCCCUGAGUAAACUUGUCGAACUGUGUAAAGCGGUGUGCCCAAAUCCAACAAUUGAUUAUGUGAGGAAUAAAAUUGCCAAUAUACGAACCGUAUUCAAAAAAGAACUGAACAAGGUUCGUGUUUCACAGACAUCUGGGGCAGGAACAGAUGAAAUUUAUGAACCACGGCUGUGGUAUUAUGACAGUCUGCGCUUUCUGACAGACCAGGUUGAAGCCAGAGCAUCAGUGUGCAGCCUUUCAGGAACAUCUGCUGCAUCUCCAAACUCAGAGGAUGAGGAACAGGACAAUGUAGAAGAUCUACCCAUAUCACAGCUUCUGCAGGAGCAAGAAUCACAAGAAGACAUGUUCACGUCCAGGCCUGCUCCUCCACCCCUGGCUAGGAAGAAAAAAAGAAGUCUAGAUUCGGCUACAUGUUCCUUUCUGGAUAAGGCUGCAUCGGCAUUGCAGAACAAGUCCGAUGAAUCUGAUGGGUUCGGAGUCAUGAUUGCCAACAAGCAUAGAAAAAUGACUGACCAACAAAGAGAAUUUGCAGAGAGACUGGUUUUAGAAGUUCUUGCAAAGGGUAUCAGAGGAGAAUUGAGCGCUAAAACAAAAUUAAUAGAGGAACAGCCACCAACAACUUACCAGGCACCCAUGCAUUUUGCCCAAACGCAAGCAUCCAACCACCAGACUGGACAAUGGCAAUAUCCCUCCGGCCAAGUUCAUAGUUCUCCUUGGGGUACAACUUAUACCAACAUAUAAUUUUUCAUCAAAUGUUGGAGUUGUAGUGUAAGGUUUUAAUUUUUCAAUAAUAAAUAUUACACAACGUAUGCCUGAUCUAUGUUGAGACAAUACAUUGUGAAAUGUUUAACACAUAGCAAAAGUGUUUGACAAUGGUUUUAUUUAUUCUGUUCAUUAAAUCAUAUAUUGUACUCUUUAUCUGUGCACAUCCCUCCCCUUCCCAAAAACAUGCAAGGAGUCAUGUGAAGUGUAAAUUCUUUUAUUUUUGCUUUUAGCAUGUUGUUUGCUAAACGUGCAUAUGAAGGCAUGAUAUGCAUAUUGUAUAAAAUAUAAAAAGUGUGAAACAUA